AUGAACGUAAAUUUAAAUUUUCUUAAUUCAGUAUCUAAUUAUAGGAUUAAGACAUUUUUACCAGACCUUAUUGUUAAGAUUUAUCACAUAAACCAUCCUUUUUAGCUUAGAAUGCAAUAUAAAAAUUACUGUCAGUUUUAUAAUGAAUCUUCAAUACAUGUUUAAAUAUAGUGUAAUAAUUUAAUCACAAAAAUAUUUUCUGUCCUUUAGUAAAUUUUAUUGCAAUAUACUCUUCUUGCAUUGAUUGUAUUCAAAUUUAUUAAAAUGUAUAUUCUAAACACAAUUGGAUUUAAAAACAUUUUUCAGAUCUUUUCAAAAAUGAAUUUUUUUUUACUCUCAAUAUUGAAGAAAAAUUUAAGGAUCAUCUUGAACAAAAGAUGUUAUAAGAUCUUAGACUAAAUUCAAAUCUAAAUUAAAUUGAUUAAAACAUUAAGAAUAUAUUAUUUUUUACAGAAAUUAUUUUCUUUAUUUUAUUUUAAUUAUGUAAUUAUUGUAUUACAUUUAAGGUAUAAUGAAGCAUUCAAAUGCGGAUUCAAAUUUUAAGAAAAUUAAGAUUACCAAUAAUUCAUAGUAAAUGCAAUUUUAUCAGAUGGGAUCUUAGGCAAUAUUUUUAAUGAAUCUGAGGAUUAUUAACAAGAAUUUAAUCAAUAUAUAAUGUAGAUAUUGAAAAAUCGCAAUAACUUAGUAGAACUACUUUAAAAAGUGAAUAAUGAAUUUGAAACUAAUAAUAUUAUUACAUUGAAAAGAAUUGAAGUCUUUACUUUAAUUUUGAUGAUGUAUUUCAAUCUAAUAGACAAAUAAUUCAAGUGUGGUAAUUUCUACAUUAUAAAUAUGGAGGAGUUGAAAGUAGCUAAUGUAGAAGUCACCCAAGAAAAAUUGAGGUGUAUUACUAAUUAUAUUAAAUUGUUUUUUUCUAAUAGAGAACAAAUUGAAUUAGAAUAAAUUCAAUAUGUAAAAAAUAGCAUAAAUGAAUAAUAAUAUUUAAAUAGAUCAUCGAUUCUGAAAUCAAACUAGCCUAUAAACUUUAGAUUUACAAGAUAAAAGAAUGAAGAUCAACGUUAAUCAACAGUAGUCGAUUUUGCCAAUGAAAACAUUGGGGGUUAGGCCUUGCAUUAUAAAAGUUGUACUCAAGAAGAUAUAUUAAUGCUCUUAUAUCCUGAGGCUAUAAUUAGUAUGUUAUUUGUGCAACCAAUGAAAGCAAAUGAAGCUGUUUUAAUCCAGAAUCUUAUAAAGUAUAAUAAUUAUACGGGAUACGAAAGCACAUUCAAACAAAAGAAUUUGGAAUAGUUUAGAUGGGAGGAGAAAUAUAAUUUAUUAGCUAUCGAUGCUGAGGAGUUCUUUGAUGAUGACGAUUAAUUCAGCUAAUAAAAUAUUAAUAGGGAGCUAAUCAAAUGCUAUUGUGGAUUUGAAAUUUCUUUGAUGAGAGAACCAAAUUAUGCAAUUUCGACUGGAAAGUGGGGUUGUGGCAUAUUCAAGGGGAAUCCAUAUUUGAAGACUAUAAUAUAGUUAAUUUGCUAUGGUUAGGCAUGUGAUGCAGCAAAAGAUCGGACAAAUGAAAUAAUAUUUAAUGUUAGUAGUGAUGUUGAACUUUACAAUUUUGGCUAAGAGUUGCUGAAGAGGAAAGAGUUCGUAACAUUGAAUAGUUUGGAAGUAACCUUAAAGAGGAUUACAAAUGCCAAAUUUAAUAGUAAUGAAGAUUUGAGAAAGAGAAUAUUGAAUGAAUUAUAAAAAAAGUAAAGUUCAGUGAGAUACCCUUUGAGAAAUGCGUUAUUGGGUUGUGUCUUGAUAAGUUUCGCUGGUGUUUUAUGGAAUUGGCAGAUGUAGUUAAUGGCGAGAAGUAAUGUGUGA